CUAUCUCUCCCUGACCUCUAUUUUUCAGCUUAGGAAAUUAUUAGCUGAAUUAGGUUGUGGCCAUGGCAGCUGCUGUCCUCCCCCUCCUCCUCCUCCUCCUCGCUGCUCCGGCGGCCUAUGCAGCGCAGCACGUCGUCGGCGGUGCCGCCGGCUGGAGCUUGUCCGGAGACUAUGCCACUUGGGCCGCCGGCCAGACAUUCACUGUCGGCGACACUCUGCUGUUCAACUACGAUAGCUCCCACGGCGUGGACGAAGUCAAUCAAGCGGACUACUCCAACUGCGCCACCGGCAACGCCAUCAGCACAUACUCCGGCGGAAAGACCAGCAUCAACCUCACCACGGCCGGAAACAUGUACUUCAUAUGCCCCACCAUCGGCCACUGCUCCGGCGGCAUGAAACUGCAAAUCAAAGUCGUCGGCUCCGGCGGCUCAACCCCCGCCGCCCCCAGCGGCACCCCUCCCGCCACUCCGUCCUCCCCUCCGUCGUCCUCAGGCAGAACUCCGUCCACGCCCGCGACCACCACGGAGUCGCCGCCGCCACCAGCCACGCCUAGCGGAGCGGCCAGCAAUUUUGUUAACAUGAAUGUGCUUGGUUUGGGAACCUUGCUUGCCCUAAUUAUGGUAUGCUAGGGGAGAGGCAGUGCAGAUGACGAUGAUUAUGAUGUUGUAUUAAUGUUGGUGUUGCUUUGUUGAGAUUGUGUGAUUUUUUAAUGUUUGAAUGAGGGAGUUUAUGUUAUUAUAAUUUAUUAUUGAAUAAUUUGGUCAUUUUUAGAUUUGUAUUUAGCUUAUUAUGAUAACUAUUAUUACUUUUUCUUUUUUUUUUGGGGUGAAAAGUGAAAAUCAUUGUUUAAUUCCUUCAAAUAUGGUUCUUC